CACUGGGUCUCUGAAGUCUUCCUUCCAGCUGUGCCUUCUACAUCUCCUCUGCGCCCAGCCAUGAAUUCACUGAUAGCUCUCGUACUCCUAGGUCAGAUUUUAGGAUGCACGCUUAGCCAUCACUUGGACCUGCCCUCAGACUGCAAUAGCAAAGAAGCUGAACAAUAUGCAGCUUUGGUAGUAGACUACAUCAAUGCCCAUAAUGUUCAUGGAUACAAACAAGCUCUUAAUGUGAUCAAGGAUAUAGUCAUCGUGAAAAAGUUAACAGGCAAAGCUAUCUACAUGGAGCUAGGCCUUCUAGAGUCAAAAUGCCCUGUGUUGUCUCCAACUCCUAUUGAGAACUGUAUUGUAAGAACACAGCAACAGCAUGCUGUUGAAGCAGACUGUGAUGCCAAGUUGCUCAGUGUUGACGGCAGCACCAAAGUGGUUGCUGUGAAAUGCCACUCAAGUCCAGAUUCUGUGGAAGAUUUGCUGAAGCUUUGUCCUGACUGUCCAGUUCUUUUGCCUCUGAAUGACCCUGCUGUGAUAGAAGCUGCCGAAUAUGUGCUCCAUAAGCACAAUGAGCAAAAUCUCGGCCGUGCCUACAAAAUCCUUGAGAUUUCAAGGGGGCAGCACCAUCAUUUGCCUAACCUGGUCUAUGUGGAGUUUGCUAUCGUGGAGACUAACUGCUUGGUUCAAGAAGCCCACGAUGGCCAACAUGACUGCCUCCCCAAAGCAGCAGCAGAUGCACAUGUUGGGUUCUGCAGAGCAACUGUUUUUAGGAAGGAUGCUGCCACUGAAAAACUUACAGAUGAAAAGUUUGAGUCAGACUGUGUCAUCUUUGACCACAAGGCUGGAGAAUCCCACGUUCACUUGAUUGAACAUCACCUUGGAAAAAAUAUUCCUUCCCCUGGACACAACCACACAGUCCUCAACCUCGUGCAUUCACACAAUGACACAAAUGCCUCAUACGAGUCUCAUUCCGCUGAAGUUCUGCCAGAAGUCGCAGCCCCUGUGGUCAAAAGAGAAGCUCCACCAACAGAGGUACCACAUACAACUCACCACAUGCACCCUGCGAAACUUUGCCCAGGAAAGAUACAUCACUUCAAGUUGUAGGACAGCCAUGCCAGAGAGUGUGGAGAAACUGCCCAGUCAAUGCAAAACCGUUUUCCAAAUCUGAACUCAAACCUUGAAUCCAAAAAGGGUUUACCCUGAUACAUUGCAGCCUUUGCCAACUGUUGUGAUCACCCACGUGUUGUUAUGAGAAAGAGGCUGUGAAUUGUGCCUGAUUUUAGAAAUGCAGAUUCUGAUGCUCGCUGUGAAUUUAACAUCUCCCAUCUCCCUGCUCAGCCAAGGAGCAAGUGAGCAAGGGCAAAUUUAAACAGGGCUUGCGUUAGCCCAAGAGUGAAGAUCCUUCCUUCCUUCCUUCCUUCCUUCCUUCCUUCCUUCCUUCCUUCCUUCCUUCCUUCCUUCCUUCCUUCCUUCCUUCCUUCCUUCCUUCCUUCCUUCCUUCCUUCCUUCCUUCCUUCCUUCCUUCCUUCCUUCCUUCCUUCCUUCCUUCCUUCCUUCCUUCCUUCCUUCCUUCCUUCCUUCCUUCCUUCCUUCCUUCCUCCCAAGAGAAAAUACCCAGCAUUUGACAACAGUAUCCCCAAACCCUCAUCAGCUCUAUUUGUUAUGAGAGGUUUUUUCCCCUUACUACUUGCCACAUUAUUGUACAGAGGCAACACUGAAAAAAGUCCAAUGUUCUGGCAGCAAAAGGCACAGGGUACUUCAUAAAUAAAAUGUUCAAUCCUAAAA